UGUCACGGAGCGGGGCCCCGGAGCCGCCUUCCCCGGGAGGGCCGGGAUCGGCCGCCCCUUCCCGGAUCCUCCUCUCUCGCCUCUCCCAUCCCCUGCCCGGGCCGGCUGCAGCGGAGCCGGGAGCUGCCCCUGCCCGGCAGGUGAGCGCUCCGCAGCCCCUGUGCCCCUCUCGCCCCCAGCGCCUGUCCAUGGAUGCCAGCAAGAAGGUGGAUCUGAAAAUCAUCAUCAUCGGAGCUCUGGGCGUGGGCAAGACCUCCCUGCUGCACCAGUACGUGCACAAGACGUUCUACGAGGAUUACCGCACCACGCUGGGCGCCAGCAUCCUCACCAAGGUCCUGCCCGUGGACAGCACCCCCCUGAAGCUGCAGAUCUGGGACACGGGGGGACAGGAGCGGUUCCGGUCCAUGGUGUCGACCUUCUACAAAGGCUCGGACGGCUGCAUGCUGGCCUUUGACGUGACAGACAGGGAGUCCUUUGAGGCCCUGGACAACUGGAGAGAUGAUUUCCUGGAGAAGGUCAUCCCCAGGGAGCAGGAUUUCCCCAUGGUGGUGCUGGGGAACAAGAUAGACCUCAGUGACCGGCAGGUGCCCAAGGAAACGGCCUCAGCCUGGUGCAAGGAGAAGGACAUCCCCUAUUUCGAGGUCAGUGCCAAGAACAACAUCAACGUGGCCGAGGCUUUCGAGACGCUGGCGAAGCAGGCGCUGAGCACGUAUAAAGGGAUUUUGGAGAGUUAUUUGACCGACUCCAUCAAGCUCACUCCCAACGACAAGCCCAGGCAGAGAUGCUGCUGACCCCACGGUGGAGCCCUGCCCGGGGUCAGUGCCCGCUGCCCACCCCAGCUGCCCACGGGGACUGGCAGUGCCAGGGCUGGGCACACCGGGGCCAUGCCAGGGCUGGGCACACCAGGAGCUGCCAGCUCAUCCCUGGAUUUGCUGCUUGCCACGGCUCUGGAGCUGCUCUCCAUCACCUCGGUGUCAUGGUGGUGUGGUGGCCCUGUCCCCAUCCCCUCGAUGUCCCUGCGGUGACGGUGCCAGGGGUG